CAGGUGUCAGAGUUGGAUUUCAAUUUUUCUUUGAACACGUUUCCCAACAUGCUUUGAGGGAUAGUGCCUCAAGAUUGAUGAGAUUAAGGCGGAUUUCGUCUCGUACAGAUCUGCAUCUGAAAAUGUCUUAUGAGGAGAAGCUGAAGAACUACAGGACGGCUCCGUUUGACGCCCGCUUUCCCAACACCAACCAAACCCGCAACUGCUACCAGAACUAUCUGGACUACCAUCGAUGUAACAAAGCUCUGUCGGCCAAAAACCAGGACCCGGCCCCCUGCCAGUGGUACCACAGAGUUUACAAGAGCCUCUGUCCCAUCAGCUGGGUUCAGAAAUGGGAUGGUCAGCUGGAGGCUGGAACAUUUCCUGGAAAGAUCUGAGCGGUUUGAGCGUUUCCCGUCUCCUGUCAUCCUCCUAAUGUGAAAAACUCUCAUCUUUCUGUACAGAAGAGGCAGCUUAAAUAAAUGAACCUGUUACUGUGAACCCUG